AUGCCAAAGCCACAGAGGGAGUUGACCAUGAACAAAGAUUACGUGAAGAAAAAGCCGAAAACGAUUGAGAAAGUAGCCAGACGCAUGAGAAAGAUUGUGAUUUCGUGCGAAGACAAAGACGCUACUGAUUCAUCAUCAGAUGAGAAGGAGAUGAACCCGAAGAAGCCCAAGCGGUUUGUCAGAGCGGUUUUCAUACCCAUUUUGGAUGUCAAAGUAAAAUCUUCAUCCCAAGAGAGCAAUGGAAAGGAGAAAACCCCCCCAAGUCCCAUCUCUAAGGUGAAGAAGGAGAAGAAGAGUUUAACUGAACCUCUGAUUGAGAUUCCGGCUAUGGGUUAUCUAUAUCCACUUGAGAAGUGUUCCAAUGUGGUUGUUGGUGAGAACAUUUCGAGCUCAUUGACGGUUUCGCAGCCUCCUCAAAAUCAGAAUGAAACCUCUGAAAGCUUGGUUUCACAUACAUCUCCUUCAUCAGUGGAUAUCAGUGAUGACGGUGAUGAUAAGGCGAACGAUGAUGUUGGUUUGGGAAGCAUUUUUGGGGAUGAGAAGGUGCCUGAUUUGUUGUUAAUGUUGGAUGAGAACAACGACUUGUCACUGGAUGAAAUUGCUCAAGGUCUAGAACUUGAUUUCGGGUUGAACUCGUUUCUAGCGGGAGACUAUGAGUAUGGAGAGGCUCUGGAGGAUUUUAUGUUUCACGAUGAUGCUUUUGAUGACAUAGACACCUAUGGCUUUGAAGAUGAUGCGGAAUGUGUUCCUCCUCUUCCAGACUAUGAUUUCGGCUCCGAUUUCGGGGUUUUUGAUGAGGAAGGCUUAUGUUGGAUGAAUGAGGUACCAGUGCAUCACCUCUGCACAAUCAACACAGUAUGGCCAUUUUAA